CUCGUAGACAGUAACCUAACAACAUCAGCAUCGGUCAGAUGUACGUUUGUAAAGAGCCGGUCUUUCCAUUUAAAUACAUCGUGCUCGCGGAUUCUCGUUAAAUGCUCUUGCGCACUAAUAAGCACGUGCUUAUUCGGUAUUAUCGCGAUUUUAGUGCCUGCACAAGUUACCCUCUUUUUUUUACCUUUCAAUUUUCAGCGAUUAUGAUAAGUUCCUCGAGUUGAUGACCAAAUCAAAGGAGUAUUUUCAAGUUGAUGAUUAUAUGAAGAGUUUACGAGAAUAUGCGUUGUGUUGGAAUUACUCGUAUCCUGGGUGCUGUGACCAGGCACAUGAGAUAUUUUACCCUUUGGAUAGUUUUACUUUUUCUGAUCGUUGUUUUCGAUUGCCAUGGAUUACCUUGGGAUGUACAAAGGAUCAAGAGAUCGGAUAACACGGAGGAUGUGCAAAAAUACCUGUCUCGAUUUGGAUACCUGCCUGAUGGAUGUGCGAGUGGAUCUUGCUUGAUAACCGAGGAUCAUUUUAGAGCAGCGAUUCAAAAUUUACAGACUUUUGGAAAUAUUCCAGUUACCGGAGAAGUAGACAAACGUACUCUGGAAUUGAUGAGAACGCCGAGAUGCGGUAUGCCGGAUGUGUUAUCCGAUGACAUUAGUGCUAAGCUAUCAGGCAACUCCGUUCGAAGAAAACGAUACGUGUUUCAAGGGCAGAAAUGGUAUACUACGAAUCUCACGUGGAGCUUAGAAUCUCGUCAAAUUCGUAACCUAGAUUACUACUCGGUGGAAAAUGUACUCGACCGAGCUCUCAACGUUUGGUCGAAUCAGUCGAGAAUUACAUUCAGAAAUCUGCGUUCGAGUGCCGCGGAUAUCUUGAUUUAUUUCGAACGGCACGAUCAUGGAGAUGGGUUCUCGUUCGAUGGACAAGGUAAAGUUUUGGCUCAUGCUUUUUUCCCCGGUCCGGGAAGAGGUGGAGAUGCGCAUUUUGAUUUGGAUGAAGAUUGGACCGUCGAUGCCAUGGUGGACAGAUCGAAAGGUGGUACCAGUUUGUUUAUGGUUGCCGCUCACGAGUUCGGCCAUUCUUUAGGAUUGUCCCAUUCCAAUGUACCCGGAUCGCUGAUGUACCCUUAUUAUCAAGGCAGCAAGUCGGAUUUCACGUUACCAGAUGACGAUAAGGAUGCUAUACAAAUUCUUUAUGGUCCUAAAGUCGAAGUGACCAAACCGUAUCGCCCUCCAACCUAUGUUACCUCGCCUUGGACACCUUCUACCAGAAAACAACCGUAUAUGCCACCACACAGAACACCACCACCGCCGCCACCACCUACACCACCCUCUCACCCACAUCCACCGCAGCCACCUGCGACCCCAAAAGAUCCAGUUUACCGACCACCACCGCCCUAUUACCCAUACAGACCACCUCAUCCGGAUAAACCGACGUAUCACCCUGGUAAACCUUCGUAUCCGGAUCGAGUACCUUAUUAUCCGGAUAGAGUACCAGAUUCGGCGGAUAAAGUACCAGAUACUUGCGAUACCAGUUACGAUGCUAUAUCUGUGCUACGUAACGAGUUAUUCAUAUUUAAAGAUAAAUAUAUGUGGAGAUUGGACGAUAAAGGUAAAAUACAAAGCGGUUACCCGUGUCUUAUCAGCCAAAUUUGGUCCGAGUUACCGGCUAAUUUCACUCACGUUGAUGCAGUUUACGAAAGAUUCAACGGAGAUAUUAUUUUCUUUAUUGGUCGAGAAAUAUACACGUAUAAAGGACAGCGCCUUAUGAGAGGAUAUCCUAAACCUUUAACUACCUAUGGAUUACCUGGCUGGUUGGAUCAUAUAGAUGCUGCGUUAGUCUGGGGACAUAACCACAAGACGUAUUUCUACAGUGGAAAGUCGUAUUGGAGGUUUGACGAAGAGAUUCAAAAAGUCGAGUUGGAUUAUCCGAGAAAUAUUUCCAUCUGGAAAGGUAUAGGCGAUAAUAUCGAUGCUGCGUUUCGAUGGAAAGACGGUAUAACCUACUUCUUCAAAGGAAAAGGAUUUUGGAAAUUCGUCGAUAUGAAUCUUCGUGUCAGCGAUAGAAGACAAACAUCAUCAGCCCAGUACUGGAUGGGAUGUCCAAAAGCUCCGGUAGAUCUGAGAUUAGCCGAAGACUUGGGUGACGACGAAGAGAACUACGAGGUACAAGUGGAUGGCGUUCAACGUAGCUUAUUCUCAACUUAUCAAUACGAAAUUCUUUUUGUAUCAUUGAUCGUUGCCAUUAUCGUAACUAUAAGUGUAAUUAUAACCGUUAAACGAUCUUCGAAUAGCCACUCGUAUAUUCACCCGAAAAGAAUAAAAAGAUGAAGUACACUCGAAAAUAAUAAUAGAGAUUCGAGAGAUGGAAUUAUGAUGGAAAAUGAAGCGCUGUGAAACUCGUGCGAAAUAAAUUUUUUUACGUAGCAAUUGGCAUCACUGAAGAACGAGCUUUUAAUAUAAAUGUAUAUUUUAUACUAUACCUAUCUACCUGUACUUUAUCAACACAUACGAGCAGUUUUAUGUUUAAUGUGGUCUUUCAUGCAUAAUAAGCCAACGAUUAAAUUUAUUUUAUACCCAGUGACGCUAUGGCGAAUGGCGAUGAAGGCGGUUUAUCUAAUUUUUCCACGCUAUUUAUCUUUUCAAAUGAUCACUACGAGAUAGAAGGCUUAUUCAGUAAAUUGCAUUUUUACAAAAAGUAAUUAAUGGUGUUCCUGGAAAGCAUUUUUUUUUAUUCUCUCGUUAGCGUAUAUUAUGUAUACUUUUGUGCCAUUCUAAAACGUCUUUGUAUUUUUCUACUUUAUUUUUUACGUUUUUCUUUUUCUUAUAUCGCCUUUUUGAAUCGGGUUAUUUUAUGUAUACAUAUUUGUAAGAAAAAAAUAGCUUUUUUUCUCGAUGUGUGUCUUUGUCUAUGUAGUUUAAUUGUUUUUCUUUUCGAAACAUUUUCUACGCGAAUCACUUUCAAUAUGCUACGACUGCCGAAAAAUCGUUUUUUUCUUUUUCUAAUUGUAAGGGUAAUUGUGGACUUGAAACAACAGAAGGCUGUGUAUGCCUUAUCCUCUGUUUUAGUUGCUGUGAUAUUACAAUUGAUAAUUUUGUAAAAUUAUUUUGUAAGGGAUGAAUUUUAAAUACGUACGUAUACUUUAUUUUAUUUUUUUCUCAAAUUCGCACGAUGAAUUGAAGUAAAUUUUUACGUGUUUAUUUUAUAUUCUUUACUAUAUUAAUGUUCUCAUCGAAUGUACUUCUUUCUAUGCUUGUAUAAUGAUCUACCGAAUUUUUUUACUUGGAAUAUAUUAUUCAAACGAUAUUGUAUAAA